AGUUGCGGUUAGGGUUGGACUUGGUCUCUGGGUGGGGUGCUUUUACAAAUACCAAGAAGAUGAUAAGAAAUUUUUUGUCUCAGGUCAGCUCAACGCAAGAUUGCAGGUGGUGUGUGGGGCGAGUGAACUUUAACGUUGAACUCUCCAAAAAAAGAUGAGUAAAAGCUCCUCUGCUAAUAAUGACACGGACAAGUCCAGUUACCUCUACCCUCGCAUGGGUGAAAAUCACCAGGAUUGUCCCACACAGCUCAGAGUGCGCAAAGAGAGACUUGGGCAGGUCACAACCAACAAACAAGAAGGUAAACAAUCAUGCUGCAGAACUUCUAGCACCAGCCUGACCUCCUGCUCCCAUCAACGCCGCUGGUCCACCGAUUGUUGCCAUAGCAACAGCUCCCCUGUCAUUACUGUCAAGAAAAACACAAGGGAACCACAACCGCCUCAACGGGGGGUGUCCCUUCGAUCCCAUCAGAUUCCAUCUCGUCAUCCGAGACAACGCUACUCCAGUCCCGUUACCGGGAUAGGCUCCAUUACUCAUCCAUCGACGUCCCCGACUUCUUCUUGUUCUUCUGUCCAGACAUCUGUCAUUACGGGGCGUGACCCGCUUGGUUGGAAGUUACGCACCAAAUCAACCACCUCCUCCAAACGGGCUCACACAAAAAGGUUGUCUCUGCAGACGCCGAUUCCCGUCACCGUUCCCGAUCCGGGUUUUCUUCUGUCCGACACAUCUCCACUUGAUCCCAAACAAAAUCCCACCUUCAAAGGCAAACCAUUCCGUCGCCAUCACUCGGACUCCUUAGCCUUCCUCAAGUCAAUGCCUGCGAUUACUCUCGAGGAGCUCCGCCACGUGCAGCUCCGCUCCGCCAAACCGGACGACGUUUUCCAUGAAGCAUACGGCAAAGAGAUGGCGAACCCUCAGCCGUAUAAAAAGCCACCGGCUGUUCCCGAAAAAAGUCCUCUGGCAAGAAAAAUAGCACAACUCAUUUCUCAUUCAUGGCAGCACCAAAUGUGUGCUGCUCGUAAAAGUGAGCAUGAGGAAAUUAUUUACAGUGUGAUAAAGCCAAAAGCUAAAACACAAGAGACUGAAAAACAUUGCAGCUUGUAUGCUAAAAUAAAUGCUAUGCACUUGAAAAGUGAUGACUAAUCACAAAUGCACAAAGAACCGGAAAGGUUAAAGCAAUUCUACAUUUGUUGACAUAAAAAAAAUAAAAUAUCCCCAAAAGUUCAAACUGUCUAUUAUUACCUGAACUAAUUUGAAUUUAUGCUAUGUGGUGGGAAAAGGUUUUAGGUUAAUAAAUCUGGGUUUGGGCCCACUGAGAUGAGCAAGGGGGAGGGGGCGGGGUCUCUUGGGUACAUAACUGCUGUGCAGUCUGGAAGCAAUGCUGCAGGCAGGGGAAUGGUGGGAUGGCAGUUAUCAGCAAGAAAUGCUGAGACCCCAACCGUACGCUUCACACAAACAGAACAGUCAUUUCUAAAUAUAGCUUCCCCCUUGUUGUUUUUGUCUGAUAUGCAAAUUUUUGGGGAGCAAAGUUGCUCUUGCAUAUAAAGUUGAUUUGCUUUCAAAA